AUGGGGGAGGACCCAUUGAGCAGAGUCCUGUCGGAUGCCGCCAAACUAAAGGGGGCUCAGUCGAGCUCGAGGAGGAAAAGGUUCGAAUCCUGGCCGAUGCUUCUCCAGCAUACCGCCUUCAUGGGGCAUGAACAAGAGAACAAGCCACCCCUGUUUGUAACCGAGGACUCUUUCGACAACCUCCGAGCAUUACCCUAUGCCCAAAGGCUAGUGGCUGCACUCAAGUUGAAGGCCGAGGCCACCGACUUGUACGCUAAAGGGGAGUAUUUCCUCGCUAUGACUAGAUACAGUCAGGCUGCCGGUCUUUUCUACUACGCUAGGAUACUCAACAAAAAUUGGAGGGCAGAGGGGCUCAACGAUGACUACCUCGUGCUUGUGAGCGACUUGGGGAAAAGUGAGGAGGAUAAGGCCAGAAUAAAGGAGUUCAGAGUGCAGUGCUACAGCAACAUCACCAUGUGUCUGAUUAAGCUGGGCGAUGAGAUGCUAUCAGAAGCUUGCCGUACUUGCGACUUUAUAUUACAGCUAGAUAGCACCAACGUAAAGGCCUUGUUCCGAAAGGCCAAGUGCCUGGUAGAGCCCAUGAGCUGUGGCGAUGCGGAGGUGGAUGAAGCCAUCGAGCAUCUCAACAAAGCACUAGAGAUAGACCCGCACAAUAGAGAUGGUGCAGUAGUUUUCCUCAGCAAUGCCUCAUGGCACUAUGCUGAAUAUGAGUGCCUCAAUCCCUCAGCUCGCGGACCCCUCACAUCUGUCGAUGUCGCCAACACCUCCUCUUCGCAGGCUCAGGAUAGCGAAAUGGACAAGUUGAGGAAUGAUGUUGAAUCGCGACUGAAAGAUGCUCAUCUGUUGAGGUUACAUGACCAGCUGGUGCGUAUCGCUACUUUCCCAGUAUUCAGAGACAUCCAUCGUAGCAGGGGGGAAGAGGACGAGGCCACCAACAUGGAUGUUUAUAUAAACGAACUUCGUGACAAGCACCAAGCCUUUAUAGAGUCUAGUGCACCAAGAGAGCCGCUACAGUUGCUUGAGACUGGCCAGCCGGAUGAUGCCCUUUGUAAAGAUGUGAUGGAUCGAUUCGGCCUGGAUCUGAAGGACCCAAUAGUAAACCUCUGGCUUGCCUUCGCUGCUCUCCCUGCCUUGAACUCGGCAUUGGAUGGCUCCUCUGCUGAGUAUACAGGUAUUAGUCGAGCUGAAGAGAUUAUUGGCCUCUCUGAGAAAGAACGAUGCCUCCUCCUCUACGACCGUGGAAUUGGCACUAGCAGUAGCUGUCUGCAGGAGGGGCAGCCAUCAUUCGUUUUUGAAUCCUUUCAGGCGAGUCAGUGCGCGGAUUCAAUCACAACUAAGGCGGACCAGCGCAGAGAGCAGGCAUGGCAUGAAGAGCUCGAGAGGCUCAAGGCAGAGAACGAGCACGCCACGCGGGAGAAGCAUCCAUGGCUCAGCCGACUCGCCAACAUGUCGAAAGCUGAGCAUCUGGCCAUGGGAAUUUUCUUCAUGCUAGCUAUGCACUUCAAACUGCCGAACCUUAUACUCGUACAAGGGUCGGAAGCUCCCGUGCCGGGCUCUCUCAGAAGAUCGAAAUCAGGCCGGAGUCGUGGUACAAGGACGAGUGCUUCUAUGAGCGUCACAGACCACAGCGUAGCAGAGUCGUAUAUAAUAGCCAUCUUUGAGGCUGACUCCUUCGGCUUUCAUAGAGCUACUGCAGCCGAACCACGGGAAGUCGGCCUUGCCCUAUGCGGAAGGAACUCCCUAACACGAGUAUGCCUUUACCAGUACUACGACACUCCUAAUUAUCUCACCACCAAGAGAGCUCUAACGGGAUGUCCUCCCAGCAUCGUCCUUAUGUGUGAGGAUCUCAUGCCGCGAGAGGAGGGGAAGAAGAUUCUUCAUAGUCGAGGCGCUAAGUCUCGGAGCUCGCUCCAGGCCCAGGUUCGGGCUUUCUUAGAAGCGGAAGGCUACGGUGACAUAGUAGCAGUACAGAGAAAAUGCUUUUGUGAGGUGUCCGGUCGGGAGAUCCUCGAGAAAGCCCGUCGAGUAUCCCACUGCAUCAAGAUAGAUCCAAGUUCCUACCAUGUGUCGGUCGCCUCCUUGGGUGCUCUUGUGGCCUACAUCAACGGUAGCACUGAAUACAGACUGCGGAUGGACUCCUUGAUGGUCACCGCCAUGGAAAGCCAGAACGUCCUCUCAUUGGAUUCCCACACCAUCCGGGCCCUCAUGUUGGUUGUUCCCUACGCCAACUACUCCCCUAGGUCAGACUCUAAGGGGAGGAACAGUCUCUCACACAACCUCUUUGUGAUGCUGGAGCCAUCCAAGAGAGACAGCUCGAUGAAGACUCGUAGAGUCCUGACCAGUCGGGGGGUCUUCACUGCCACUGCUCAAAUCGCUGCUGUUAUCCAUGCUGGAGUUGACCCGGUCCUGGACAUCACGCGAGCUACAUGGCGGGAACGGAUACGCGAGGUUGACCACAUCGCUAAGACGUACCAGGAAGUGAUUUCGAAGAAUACAGUCGUGGCCAGCGGAGCGGUGAGACUUGAGUUCAGCGAGAAAAAGGGAUAUCAUCUGAGCUUCCCAAGGAGUGCCAAGGAGGCAGUGAUCGCAGCAUGCAGAAGCUUGAAGUUCCCCAAGAUGGAUGGUCAGGAGGGUUCUUCCAUGAUGGACACCGGAGGCAGUGAUGCAGGAUGUAAAGGACAACAGGACCAGGUGGGUACUCCUAAGCUCAUCGCGCUUGGGUCAGCUGCUACUAGGUGCUCAGCGACCAGCUCUCUCCUCACCAGAGUCAACACUCUACUACAUGAGAUAGAGGCGGCCCUGCUGGUGCUGGAGCUGUUGGUCUUGGACAAAGUCCGGGCGGAGAUUGAAUACCUCUAUACUUGCAUACACCUGGUCAACCACCUUGACAUGAUGUGCGCCUUUGCCAACUUCACCAGCAUCUACUGUGGAGGGUGA